UUGAAGAUGUGUUGUCAAACGAAAGAUAAUGCUACGCUUGAAACAUCGAGCGGCUAGUGAAUAGCUAUCCCCGUGCUCGCAGCAUGCUUAUGAUGUACGCGAGACUCCUCGCGUUGAAGGUGCUGUCUUCAGGAUACGAAGCGUUUUAAUAUCCUCAAGGCUAGCGUGCGGCAUAUUGAGGUCACACCUUUGCCCACUCACGAGCUAUGAUUACCUGCAACACUUGCAAGGGUAGACAGUUUGUUUCGCAGCAGGCUUACGAGCAGCACGUUCGAGAUAGUCCAGCGCAUAAGCUCUUCCGAUGCUCAGUGUGCUCAAAGACAUCGUUCUCCAGUGCCGCCGCUCGCGAUGCUCAUUUCAGAGACACUCAUGAGACACGUGUAGCUGUAGCUCCUUCAAUCCCGGUACCGAAUAAGCACAGUGAAACAUCUCAUCCUACAAUAUUGUGCGGAUGCGGAAUUAUCGUAUACAAGGCGGCUUUGCCAGUUCACUACCAGAAUUCUACGUCUCAUCCUUCUUGCUCAACAUGUCAUCUUGGUUUCGAAACAAUCGCGCUGCAUGAUUCGCAUGUACUUUCCACCCAUCCUUUACGCUGCUGCAUUCCUUGCAAGCUGGCACUGUCUUCUGAAUACGCUCUCACGCAGCACUAUUAUCAAUCUAACAAGCACACACGUUGUGACUUGUGCAAGAUCGGAUUCAGAGAAAAUUCUAAUUAUGACGAUCACCUGAAAACUCACCAUGCUCGUAGCCCUAGCCCGCCUCCAGUAAACCCAGUCCAUUCGCUUGGUACCCCAUCCUCCGUAAGAACUUCUUUAGUAACUGAUAUCUCAACAAGUGCCAGUCCGUUCAAAGAGUCAUCAACAUCUUCGGUGUCUCAAACAUCUCUAUCCGCACCUGCAACCAAAGUGACGCAUAACUUCGAGCUCGCUGCCACUCCACCCAAGACUAACGUUAUAGAACCUCGGCGCGAGGGGACUGUGUCUUUGGAAGUCCCGGGUUCGUUGUCUCGGGCGACCUCUGAGCCACCACCCACCUCGCUCUCAAUACGCACUUCUCCACCAUUGCCGGCGGAACCAGAAACCGAUGUUCCCUUGCUUUCUGCUGUGACUGACAGAGCUACAAUCAUCACUCAGGCUAGUGCACCAACAUCUCCCGCGAGGACUUCACAGUCUCUGAGUUACGCAAUCUCAGAACCGACACCUGACUUAACCACUGAUUCCAGUUAUUCGAUGGUCUCGUCUAAUCUGAAUUCACAACACAGCGAUCUGGAAGUUUCGUCUCCUCUGACAAUCGUCCCUCCUCUCUUAGCUUCUAGUCCUGUUCCCUCUGUGCGGUCUAUGCAGUCUGUGGGUGAGGUUGUAAACGCGACAAUCUCACGCACUCGAUCAUCUUGUCGUCACUCGACUCCACGUGCAAGACAAGCAUCUUUACCACCCUCAGAAAUUCCUACUCCACAAGACGUCUCGGCGAACGUGUCAAUGGCCAUCAGCAAUGUCCCAAGUCUGCAUAAUGAUAGUCGAUCCAGAACUCGUUCUACAGCGCGGGAUUCGACGCUACCCCGCUCGAAAUCGUCUCGUACCAAAGUCACGAGUGGAGCCAGCGGUGUCCCGUUAGGUUCGACUAGCGGACCGAAAGCUCACUACAAUCCCUUGAACCCGUCUUCGACACUCUCCAUGACUGCUGGAGCCGAAAAGGAACUUAGUUGGCAUUGUCGGAUUUGCCUUAAGAACCCUUCGGAGCCCACGGUUACCAUGUGCGGGCACUUAUUCUGUCAUGGAUGUAUCAUCCAGGAACUCGCGCGAGGUCUGCAGUGUCCUGUUUGUAAGCGGGUGAUGCUUCUUCGUUUACAUGUGGGAGACGACAAGGUUUAUUCUUAGUUUCUUAGAUUUUCCAUCGUCCCACCGUGAUUCUUAAGAACUAUUUAUGCUCACCCUUACUCCUACCAGUAGUGCCCAGUUAUUCGUACGUGUGUUCAUCUCCUAGACAUGCUUGAUUGAAUACACUAUAUCCUCUUUAUUUC